CCUCGCUCUCAAAAUGGAAACAUCUAAUGACAUAUCUCUAGACAUUAGAGAACCAGACCAGACAACGGAUGCCUUACAGGCCAGCGAAGAAGAGGAACUUCGCCGCUCUGGUCGCUUACGGAUUCCCACGGAAAAGAUGCUGGAAUUUCAGAGAGAGGAGGCUCACAGAAAGGAAAAAAGGCUUAUUCAACUUUAUGAACAAUGGAAGACCCAGGCGCGAGAGGCAAGAAAGCAGCUAAAGCUGGACAUACCUGAGAGCCAAAUUGCAUCUCUUAUAGACACUCUGGAAAAAGGUAAAGAAGAUGUUACUAACAUUUAUGUGGACAUUAGAGAUCACAUCACUCCAUCCAGUGAGACAAGACGCCGUAUUGAUGCAUGUGAGGCAGUCACAAAGGACAUUGUUAAAAUUGCCUAUGAAAGGAUAGCAGGUGUAGAUGGAGAGUAUGACAGUAAAACAGUUAAACAUCAGCUUCGUGAGCUGCUUAAAAAGGAAUAUGCUAGUUCAAUCUAUGGCUCCACUGUCACUCCUCUAAGUCAACACUCAAGUAACACUUCAAGUCAUCCCUCUGCAAGCUCCAUUGUAGCAGCUAAAAGAGCAGACGCUGCAGCAGAGUUAGCAGCAAAGGAAGCAGAGUACGAGAUGGUAUUGGAGGAGGAAAGGCAAAGAGAAAAGAUUCAGCUCCUGGAGGAACAGCAGAGGAAAGAUCUAGAAGCUCAGAAACGAGAGCUUGAGAGACUUAAGGCAGAGAAGGACGUUAAAGCUGCACGAGCUAGGUUGGUUAGCUACAACCAGGAAAUAAAGCAAGAGGAAAGUGUCUACUCCGCUGAUUGCAACUCUAGGAGACGCCAGCAUGUAUCACCACCGCAACCUGUGUCUUCAGCUCCCUUUCAGCAGUCCACCUAUGUUCCACCCCCUGCAUCACAACCAAGAACAGACGUGUCGUAUCUCGCUCAGACAGUCCAAGAUGCUAUAUCACUGAACAGGCUCCCAAUGCCAGAGCCACCUGUGUUUACUGGUGAUCCAAUCCAGUUCAUUGAAUGGCGGGCUUCAUUCAUAGCACUUAUAGACAGGAAGAACAUUUCUUCUGCAGAUAAACUGCACUACUUAAGAAGGUAUGUAGGAGGUCCAGCUCGAAAGACACUUGAUGGCAUCUUCUAUCGCAGUGACGAGGAGGCCUAUAAAGAUGCAUGGAAUCGCCUGAACCACAGGUAUGGUCAGCCCUUUGUCAUACAAAGAGCAUUCAGAGAAAGAUUGGCAAAAUGGCCAAAGGUUCAGCCUAAGGAUGCUGAAGGAUUUAGGAUGUUUGCUGAUUUCCUUCAUGCAUGUCAAGAAGCAAUCCCUCAUGUGAAAGGUCUUAACAUUUUGAAUGACUGUGAAGAAAAUCAAAAACUGGUACAAAGGUUACCUGACUGGGCAGCAUCUCGAUGGAACCGCCAAGUCACUCAAGCUAUCAAAGAUAAGCAAGAGUAUCCAAGCUUUCAGGAUUUUGUUGCCUUCAUGUCAAUGGAAGCAGAGAUCACUUGUAAUCCUGUCACCUCCUAUAACGCUCUUCACACAACAGAGCUGCAUACGGAGAAACGCUACUUUAAAGAGAAGAAAACUAAUUCCAGUGUUCUACACACAGAGACUGUUAAUGAGACAGAAAGACAAGAGAAGUCAAAGACAGGUUUAAAGCCACCAUGUAUGUUUUGUCAAGACAUAAAACAUCGCCUACAUUUUUGUCCUCAGUUUAAAGAGAAAACUCUGAAUGAAAGAAGAAACUACGUAAAGGAAAAGAAACUUUGCUUUGCUUGUUUGAAACCAGGUCAUAGUGCAAGGGACUGCCGUCACAGACAUGCAUGUGACACCUGUAAAGGACGACAUCCAACCUGUCUCCAUGAUGACAGCUAUAAACCGAAACAAGCUGUGAUCUCACAUCAGAACCCCACAGAUGAAACAGCAACCACUUUGUCUCUCAGUAAUGAAACUGAGGAGUCAUCCAACAAUACCUCAAUGAUCGUGCCAGUGUGGGUUUCUUCUGACAACAAUCCAGGUAUGGAAAAGCUUGUUUACGCCCUACUAGACACACAAAGUGAUACAAUCUUUAUCGACAAAGAAGUUAGCUGUAGCUUGCAAACCAAGGCACAUCCUGUAAGGCUGAAGCUAACUACCAUGAUCGGAAAGGAUGAAUUACUGCACAGUGAAAGGGUCUCAGGUCUCAGAGUGCGUGGUUAUGACUCAACGGUCCUCAUUCAUCUCCCUCCGGCCUACACCAAGGACUGUAUUCCAGUGAAUCGAACACACAUUCCUACCUGUGAAACGGCAAGGCAGUGGAGUCAUCUGAAAACAAUCGUAGAUGAAAUUCCACCACAGCUAGAGUGUGAAGUUGGUCUGCUAAUAGGAUACAACUGCUCAAGGGCAAUGGCACCACGGCAAGUAAUCUUGGGAGGAGAUAAUGAACCUUACGCAGUUCGCACAGACCUAGGAUGGAGUAUUGUAGGUUGUUUACCACCUCAUCUUGACACACCAAGCACAACCAAUAUGUGCCACAGAGUUGCAGUCAGAGAGCUUCCACCAGUGACUCCAUCAGAUGCUCUCAAGGUUCUUGAGUAUGACUUCAAAGACAGCAGUAAAGACACUAAGACUGUCUCUCAAGAUGACAUCUUCUUCUUGAACAGUCUAAAGGAAAGUAUUCAGAAGAACACAACUGGCCAUUAUGAAAUGCCACUCCCCUUUAAAGAAAGACCCUGUCUCCCUGACAAUAAGCAACAAGCAGUUGUCCGACUCAGUCACCUUAAAAGAAAACUGCUUAAGGAUGAGAACUACAAGGCACAGUACGUGAAGUUCAUGAGUGAGGUCAUUGAAAGGGGAGAGGCAGAAGAAGUUCAUGAUAAAGGGAAGGAAGGAGAAAAAUGGUAUAUUCCUCACCACGGCGUACACCACUCCAAAAAGCCAGGAAAGCUUCGUGUUGUGUUUGACUGUUCUGCUAAGCACAGGGGAACAAGCCUUAACGACCAUCUGCUGUCAGGUCCGGAUCUGAUAAACAAUCUUGCAGGUGUACUCAUCAGAUUCAGGCAACACAAUAUUGCAUUGAUGUGUGAUAUUGAAAAAAUGUUCCAUCAGUUCUACGUGAAAGAAGCUGACAGAGACUACUUGCGGUUUCUCUGGUGGAAAAAUGGAGACCUGAGUGCAGAGCCAAAGGAGUACCGCAUGAAAGUUCAUCUCUUCGGUGCCGCAUCGUCACCUGGAUGCGCCAAUUAUGGACUGAAACAUCUAGCUAAGGAGAAAGAGAACCUGUUUCCCCUCGCCUCACAGUUUGUUAUGAGGAACUUCUAUGUCGACGACGGUGUCACAAGUAUUGCUAACGAAGAAGAAGCUAUUCAGCUUGCAAGAGAAGCUCAAGAACUCUGCACUACUGGCGGUUUGAGACUGCACAAGUUCAUAACGAACAACAAAUCAGUGCUACAAAGUAUCCCCCCAUCUGAGCGUGCCAUCGAAGUAGAGGCUCUUGACCUUACCUUCAAAGACUCCAUUGUGGAGAGAGCCUUGGGGAUCCACUGGCACAUUGAAUCUGACACUUUCAGAUUUCAAAUCUGUCUGAACGACCAGCCAGCAACACGUCGAGGCAUUCUUUCCACAGUAGCCUCCAUUUUCGAUCCGCUGGGCCUAAUUGCUCCAGUACUGCUUGCAGGGAAAAGAGUGCUUCAGGAAAUGUGUCGACAUGGCACAGGAUGGGAUGACCCUCUGCUUGGCGAACUACAACCAGUUUGGGAACGCUGGAAGGUCGAUCUUGCAAACUUAGAGAAAAUCAACAUACCUCGUUGUUAUGUACCAGCUGACUUUGGACAAGUUCUGAGAAUAGAGCUACAUCAUUUCUCAGAUGCAAGCACAUACGGAUAUGGCCAGUGUUCAUAUUUGAGACACAUUAGUGAAGAUGGAAGAGUUCACUGUGCUCUGGUAAUCGCAAAGUCAAGAGUAGCUCCUAUCAAGGUCACAACAAUCCCACGGUUAGAGUUGACGGCUGCAGUGGUUUCGGUUGCAGCAAGCAACACACUGAAGGAGGAGCUCGGCCUUGAAGACACUGAUGAAUACUUCUGGACUGACUCAAAGGUGGUCCUGGGGUAUAUCAACAACGAGGCACGUCGCUUCCACACGUUUGUGUCGAACAGAAUACAAAGGAUACACCUGAGCACAACUCCUCAGCAGUGGAGAUAUGUUCCGACAGACAAAAACCCUGCAGACCUUGCUUCAAGAGGUUCCAAUGCAAGUGAACUUUGCUCAUCAAGUUGGUUUAAAGGACCUCAGUUCUUAUGGGAGAAGGACUUACCUCCAGCUGCAGAUGUCUUCACAGAAACACCGGUGGGAGACCCUGAAGUGAAAAAGGUGCAGAUACUGAAUACUCAAACCAAAGAGCAAGUGAUUCUAACAGACCGCUUGUCAAAGUUCUCUUCAUGGUACAAAGUCACACAAGCUGUUGCACGUCUUCUCAGAUGUGCCAAGGGUGACAAGUCAACAGGCCACAGCACGGUGCAAGAGCGAGAAGAUGCUAAGUGCAUCAUCAUAAGGGACUUACAAAGGCAAGCUUAUCCAGAAGAGGUCAAGUUGCUCAGCAAGGGAACACGUCUUCCAUCACAAAGUAAGCUUUACCACAUGGACACCUUUCUUGAUCAAGAUGGAAUCCUCAAGGUGGGAGGAAGACUGAAAAACUCAACACUUCCUACCUCACAGAAACAUCCACUGAUAAUUCCAAAAGAUCAUCACAUUACCAAACUGAUAAUAGCCCAUUAUCAUGAAAAAGUCCAACACCAAGGAAAGGGUCUGACUAUCAAUGAGGUACGAUCAAAUGGAUUCUGGAUUCCAGGAAUCAACAGAACUGUUGCUGCAUAUCUGAGUCAAUGUGUGACAUGUCGUAAACUCAGAAGAUUUGUGGAAGAGCAACGAAUGGCAGAUCUACCAUCAGACCGGGUCAAUCCAUCUCCGCCAUUCACUUAUUGCGGAAUGGACUGCUUCGGCCCAUUUCACACUAAACAAGGACGCAAAGUGUACAAACGAUAUGGACUGCUUUUCACCUGCCUUUGCUGUCGAGCCGUCCACAUUGAAAUGUUAGAUGACAUGUCAACAGAUGCCUUCAUCAACGGCCUUCGAUGUUUCAUAGCCUUGAGAGGAGCAGUUCGUCAAAUACGCUGUGACCAAGGGACAAACUUUGUUGGAGCUAAAAAUGAACUGAGUGCAGCACUAAAGCAAAUGGAUGGCAACCGCUUGACCACAUUUCUUGCUGAGAAGCAGUGUGACUUUGUUAUGAAUGCUCCACAUUCAAGCCAUGCAGGAGGCGUCUGGGAGAGACAAAUCCGAACGGUCAGGAAUGUUCUUCGCUCCACACUUUCACUCUCAACAGGCAGACUGGACAAUGCCUCUCUGCGGACAUUCUUCUAUGAGGCUAUGGCUAUUGUGAAUAGUCGUCCACUCACAGUCGACAACCUGAGUGAUCCAGAUAGUCCUGAGCCACUAACACCCAAUCACCUGCUUACCAUGAAACCUGUGGUCGCUCUACCUCCAUCAGGCAGAUUCAUCAGAGAAGACAUGUAUGCAAGGAAGAGGUGGCGUCACGUUCAAUACCUUGCAGAGCAAUUUUGGGGUCGUUGGAAAAGAGAAUAUCUUUCAAAUAUUACCACCAGACAGCGCUGGCAUUCACCGAGAAGAAACCUGGAAGUUGGCGACAUAGUCAUGGAUAAAACAGAAGAUCUUCCAAGGAAUGAGUGGAGAUUGGCUAAAGUUUUAGAGACAAUGACUGAUGCUGAUGGACUUGUGAGAAGAGUAAAGAUUCGUCUUGGAGACCAGAAGAUGGGACGGGAGGGUCAGCGUUCUGGCAAACCAUCUGUCGUUGAACGCCCUGUUCAAAAGCUGGUCCUGCUCCUAGAGACUGUUUAACAGCCAUCUUGAAUCCCUUACAGUGUAAUGAUCAUUUGAGUAAAUCAUUCGUGUUUAUACAUCCCAUAUUGUUCUUUGAAACACUCAUAAUUUGGUGGGAGUGUAAGUAACUCAAAUUCAUUGUCUGUCAUGUUAACUUUAUUUUGAAGGUAUCUUUCCGAUUUUUUUGUUUCCUUUAAAGAUCAAUGCUUUUAUUUUUGAAAGUUACAAACCGGAAGUUGAAAGGUUCGAAGGCACGUGAAGGCUGAAUGAAUGAACGUCUUUAUUUUAUUACAAGUAAAUGAAGCACCUGGUUGAAGGAGGCAUAAGCUCUUACGGUGUGUUCACUAUGUUCAUGGAUGUGGAAGGAAAAAUUCUAAAUAAAACUAUGUGAACCAUCA